UAAGAUUUUUAAGAUUUAAGUAAAAAAAUAUUUUGUUUACUAAUCUCUUAACUUCCAAUGACAUUGCAAGUUGGCACAUUGCCAAUGUGCAACCAGGAAAUGGAAUCAGAUCAUUCAAAGAAGCUUUGUGGGAAAAAAAGAAACUGCUCAAAAAUUUCUGGUCAUUCAUCAAAAUGUAAUAGUAAACGUUCCUUUAAUGAGUCAUUCUUAUUUAACAAGACUAAACUAAUAAGUAAUUUUAAUCGUGAAAAGGAAGGAAUAUCUAUAUUGCAAGAAUUAUUGAAAACUAAAGAGACAGAGCAUUUGUUAUUGUUAGAAAAAAUUCAACAAAAAGAAAUAGAAUAUCAAAGCAGUUGCGAAAAAUCAACUUUACAGAGUCAAAAAAACAAUAAGUUACAUAAUGCUUAUACAAAAUUGCAACUGUUAUUAAAUGAAACGGAGUCAGAAUAUUUGAUAUUGGUAGACAAAGUUAAACAGAAAAAAAUAGAACUACAUAAUCUUUGCGAAAAUACUUUUAUACAGAGUCAAAAAAAUGAUGGACUACUUUUAAGUUAUAAGCAAGUUUCUAUUCUAUUUGAAAAGAAAGGUUAUGCACAAACAAGAAAAGAAAAUGUGCCAACUGAUGCCUCAAUGAUAUACAGUAAUGUGAGAUCUGCAAAAUACAGACGGCGCCAUGAUUCAUAUAAUGUUAUGAAGUAUAUCCAUGGUGGCCACCGAGGCCUGAUUUAUGGGUGUUGGGAUUUAUUAGUUACUUCUGCCACUUCAAAAGGUAUGGAAGAAUUUUUAUUAUCCUACAAACGUGGUCAAUUUCUUCAAAAACUUUAUUGCAGAAUAAAUGCUAAAGGAGCACAGACAGAGCAUGCAUUGAAAGAAGCUGUUGCCAAAAAGUACACAGCCCAUCUUUCUAGUCGUAAGUACUCACUUUACACACAGCUUUCAAAAUCAUACUACUAAAAAUGGUAUUAACAUUGACUACGGUGAAUAUAAUAUUGAUAUUAAAACGAAGGCUAUAUCAAACAAAGCUGUUACUCAGUUUGUAAAUUCUUUAAACAUUGGUGAUGUAAGUGUAAUUGCCAGAUGUUGUGGUGCCUCUCGAACUAUAACAAUAAAUCUGAAAUCAUUGUUUAAUUACAAUGAUUUCAGAUUUAUUGUUAUAAAUCUGAGAUGGUUUAAUGACAAUAAAAAUCACUAUGUUGUUGAAUUCUCUGAUGAUGGAGCUCCUGAAUCAAAAGAAAAAACUAUGUCUAUUGGAACACUGUCUUUUUUAAACUUUGGUGAAAGAAUUCGAAGCCGCCAAUUUCACUAUCUUCUGCAUGAAGUAACAGCUGGGGAAAAGGAUGAUGUAUGUAAGAUGCUUUGGAGACAACACACUGAUGAAAUGUUGCUUAUUGAAGGAAACACAUUUAAUAUCAUCAAUGAAAAAUCAACAUUUGAAUUUAUACCAUCAGCUGAUACUGCAUGGGUAGUAUUUGCUAGUAAUUGUUUAUCAUGCAGUGCAACUUACCCAUCACCAUUUGCAAAUGUGCAUAAAGCUCAACUUAAUAAACGUGGUGCAACAAUUAGUCGUGGUAGUGAUACAACAUUUUCAGUGCCCACUACAAAAUCACGGAAACUUGAAAUAAAAAAGUUAGAGCAUUUAAAAAAAACGUUUUCUUCCACUUCAAAAGAAAAGUUACAGCACAAAAUGAUAUUAGAAUUUAUGGCUAGCAAUGGGAUAAGGCAGCUAGGAGAUCCUGUGAUUGGUGAGUUUGCUGAUCGAUUUUAGCCAGAACCUCUACAUUUAGAAAUCAACAGUUGGCAACAUUUGCUAGGUAAUAUUUUAAUCUUCAUUUUUAGCAUAGUCACAAGAAUUAACAGUCUAAAAAAAAAAGCGGUUUCUAUUUUUAUACCGUUUUAUGUUGAAACUCAUAACAAUGAUCCUCUGAAGGUGCACAAAAAAGUAAAUUAAACUUUAUUUAACAUUACUCUCCUUAAAAGUUUGAACUGGAGAUUCGUUUUGAGAUUUAAUGUGAAUAGUUUUUAAAAAAUUUUGAUAUGAAUUAUUUUUUUAUUCUGUUAGAAAAGAUUAACUUUAAAAAUCUAUUUUACAUAGCUGAAGUAGAAUUUUAUAAUGAUAUAUAAAAACAUAUAUUUAAUAUAUAUAUAUAUGUAUCAGGGAUGCGAAGUCCCAUCGAUUUUUUGGGACUCCGGGACUCCGGACUCCGAGCUCAAAAAUCAUGGACUCCACGGACUCCGACUCCGGACUCCGGACUCCGUAAUAAUUUUUUUUUUCUUCAUUUAAAUAUGGGGUUUUUAUUAUUUGGAACUUUUACGCGAAAGUUCCGGAAAAAUGAAAGGGUACCAAUAAUAUUUUCUCUUAUGAAUUAUAUAUAUAUUUAUUUUAUGUACCCUAAGAAGUCCUUACGGUCUUAUAACAGCGCACCUUAGAAAAGCAAUUAAAAGGAAAUUCACUCCUACUUCCUAACCGAUGUCGCAAAACCAAAGGUGGGUUUGAACCACGGAUCCCUUAUUUUUUUUAGGAAAGUGCGCUACCACUGAGCCACGGCUGCUUAAACCCAAAAGUUAAUUUGUCCCGCUUUUGCUGGAUCGUAAGAAUUUAUAAGAACAAUACAACUCCAAAGAUUUUUAUUUGAUUUGUAUUGUCGCACUCAAUUUCUCAGAUUAUUUGAAACGACAUGAUCAUAAAAUUAUAAAAAGAUUUAAAUGCUUAUUUGCAUUAAUUACACGCUAAAUUAAAAAGUUAUAAGGACAAAAUAUUAUAAUAUUUACAUCAUCAAAAAACGUUUAAAUAAAAAACUCGUUUGUUCGUAAAAAAAGCAUAUCAUCAAUUAAAUCAGACGUAAAUCGACUACGAUGGUCUGGUGUCA